AUGGAAAACGUUUUAGAGAAAGCGAGUGUAACGGAAUCUAUGUUUUCUUCUUGGUUAGUUGCAAAUGAGACUUAUGAAGGGGCAAGACAAUUAACUUAUGGGCAAUUUGUCACAAAGUUUGUGUACCACAAACGAACGCGUAUGUGGAAGCCAAGGAAGAAGGGUUACACCAUUAGACGACUUAUUUGGGUCCCGCCUACUACCAGAGAGUUGUUUUAUCUUCGCAUGAUGCUUACUAUUGCAAAGGGUCCAAUGUCUUAUGAGGAUAUUAGAAAGGCCGGGGAUGCACAAUGCGAGACAUUUAGGGAUGCGUGUUUCGCUAUGGGUUUCCUCGAAUAUGAUAGAGAUUAUAUCGGAGCCAUUAAAGAGGCGAGUGAAUGGGGUUCGAGUCAUUACCUACGAAAAAAUUUUGUUGUUAUGCUUUUUUCUGGAGAUGGAAACAGGUCUUCCCAUGUGUGGUCUGAGUCAUGGGUUCUACUGUCGGAUGAACUGGUAUUAAAUGAGGAACAACUUCAAAAUCUCACUUUGAUUGAAAUUGAGAUUCUGCUGCAGUCCAAUAGAAGAAGCCUUAGAGACUUUUAUCCUAUUCCAUAUCCUGACAGUUACGUGUUAGAGCAACUUGGAAAUAGGCUUAUUUACGAAGAACGCAGUUACGACAUUCACACAAUGAAAGAUGACUUUGUUGCACUGCAUGCUGCACUAACAGAUGAACAACGGGGGAUAUAUCACAAGAUAAUGAAGGUUUUUACAACUCAGAAUGGCGGCAUUUUUUUCCUCCAUGGUUAUGGCGGAACCAGUAAAACAUACAUGUGGAGGACACUCGCAAGUGCUAUCAGGUCCAAAUACAACAUCUGUCUAACCGUUGCAACAAGUGGCAUUGCAUCCCUAUUGUUUCCUGGUGGGAGAACAUCUCACUCGAGGUUUAAAAUACCCGUUCCUACUCUAGAUAACUCAACUUGCAACAUUACUUACCUUGAAGAGUCUGCAAAUCUACUGUGGGAGGCGGAGUUAAUCUUUUGGGAUGAGGCCCCUAUGGCAAACAAGUGGUGUUUUGAAGCACUUGACAAAACUUUAAGGGACCUUAUGAGUGUCCAUGGGAACUCCGAUAAGGUUUUUGGUGGAAAAGUUGUCGUAUUUGGUGGGGAUUUUAGACAAAUUUUGCCAGUAGUACCAAGAGGAAGUCGUUCGGACAUUAUGCAUGCAACCAUCAAUGCGUCGUAUCUCUAG